AUAAUUAGCUCUUUUAAGUUUCUACAAUAGAGGUUGAACUUUCAAUAUCUUACAAUGUUUAAUAAAUUCAAAACAAACAAACCGGCGUAUGAUUAUGCGUUAUUCUAGUUUUAUAUCAGGUUCAGAAUGCAACUUACCUUUACUGUCUCUAACUGUGCUUUUUCUAGAACUAUGAUUAGUCGUUUUUCUUGAUUUCUUAUGUGUCCUGGAGCGGCUAAAUGUUUCGGAGCAGGAUCGAAUUCGAAUUCUUCCUCAUCAUUUUUCCUUUUCUUCCCCAUGACUAAAAUUACUUAACUAACUACCACGAACUAAGUUUGUUGACUACUGAGGACAGUCACGUGCUUGUAACCUCCAUUCCAUUGAGAAGGUCAACCUUGGCCAAUGAUAUCUAUACAUAAAUUUCUUUUUGGGCGGUUUAACAAUAAAAUCAAGGAAGAUAUGUCAAUCGAAAUAAUUUAUAUAAACUUGGUUUAAAUAUUAAAGAUUUCCAUUUAAUGUUAAUUACUUCCCAAUUGAAUUAUUUUUUUUAGUUUUUGAUUAUUGUAAUGCAACCAAAAAUGUUGGUCUGAGCCUGAGGCAGGUUUCGGGUUGGAUUGGAAUUCCAACGAUUUUGUUCAUAUCGUUUGAGUUCGGGUGUAAUGGCUGUAUUUGUAUUUUUAUUUAAUAGAUAGCCGUAAUUUUGGUGAAAUGGCAUUUCUUUGUCCCGUCAGAAUACGUAGAGGAAAGAAAAAGAAAGCUGGGUCAACUAGUGAUUUGGAAAAGGAUGUGGUACGUGCCCCUGGAAUGGGGAGAAUUACAGGUAGCGCUUCAAUUGAAACUCUAGUUAGAGUUGGAAUAGAAAAGGAAAAUGGAUUGUCCCCUGACAGUAAGAUGGUUGUUCUCCAUGAUUUUACUCCCUGCGUUGAUGAUGAACUGGAAGUUAAAAGAGGGCAGGUGGUCAAUAUCUUAUAUAGAGAAAAUGAUUGGGUUUACGUCAUAGCUGCAGACAGUAGACAAGAAGGAUUUAUUCCACAUUCGUAUUGCACUCCAUAUAACUCUCAAUUAGGUGAAUUGGCUAUGAACAAUGUCAAGAAGAAAUUGCCAAGAACUGUGAAUGAAGGAGAAAUUGAUCAACCACCGGAAACACGUGCUGGUGGCAAUGAAACCUCUGACUGUGAAAGUUAUGGAAAAAAAAUCAAUAAUACUGUCAGUCAACAGACUCAAAAUAUUACUAGCUCUCAAGCAUCUCUACAUAGCGCUGCCUCAUCUCAGACUGAAGUUCAUCCAUUUUUCAAGGACCCUUCGGGAAGAUAUAUAGUUCUUUACACAUUUAUUGCAAGAGAUGAAAAUGAUGUAAGUGUUGAAAGAGGUGAAUUUGUUACUGUAUUGAACAGGGAAGACCCCGACUGGUUUUGGGUAAUCAGAUCUGAUGGACAGGAGGGCUUUGUACCUUCAGGUUUUGUAUAUCCUGCUGAUGUUAUACAAGGUCAUAUUAAUCAAAUGAAUAAUAAUCAACCUGUAAAUAAUACUAAUACUGGUAGAACUCAAACUGCUACCCAUCAGUUGACACCUGCUGGUAAUGAUGAUCUGAGGUAUCAUGGCACUGAACUAGUAAUGCUUUACGAUUAUAAAGCUCAGGCACCUGACGACCUCUCUGUCAGGCGAGGAGACUGGAUUUAUGCAGACCUGAAUAACCAAACAGUAGAUGGUUGGCUUUGGGCUUAUGCUCCCAAAACCAGAAAGUAUGGUUUUAUACCAAAAGCAUAUGCAAGACCACCAGCAAUGACAAGCUUAUAACCAAUUUACCUUUUUUUAUAGUUCCAUAGUUACUCUUUAUGUACAAAUUUGAACUCUUCAUUUUCUCUUUGAAACGUGUUAUAUAUUUAUAUAUAUGUGUUAUUUAUUCUACCUUAUCGUUUAUUUAUAAAUAGAAACAUUCAUUCAUCCUAGCUUUAUGUGCUAUAUUUAUAUUUAUUGACUUAAAUUUGGGUGAUAUGUUGAAUAUUAUAUUUUUAUAUUAAAAAAAAAAUUAUAGCUUAAUUGCUUUUUAUGACAUUUGACAUUAUUUUUAUGUAACGUUUGAUUGCCAAUCUUAUUUCAAAUGAACUGAAAUCUAUGUUUUGGAGAUUUAACAUUUAAGCAUUGGCAUUGCUUUUUUAGUUAAUGGAAUUCAUCCCUAGAUUAAAGAAACUGCUUUGUCUUAAAAAUGAUAUUGAUGUUACAUUAUUCACAAGAAUAUGACAGGAGGGUAAUUGAAACUGCUCUCUGGCUGGAAUUGAGGAUUAUUUUUCAUUUUUCUGUUAAGUUCAAAUCAAUGGCAAUUCAUAAAAUUAUUUUUAAUGACCUGUAGCGUAUCUUGUAAAGGUAUAACAGGAUGUCCAGCGACUGGAAAUUUCCGGAAACCGGGAAUUGUAUGAGAAUUUCUCAUGUAAAAGAAAAAACCGGGAAAGGUGCAGAAGUUUAUAUUUUAAAAAAAAGGAAUUUUUUUUUGUACUCCUUUCGUGAUAAUAUAAAUGAGAUAUUUCUUUUAUAAAAGUAUAUAUACUAUUGUUGGUCGACAACAAUUGAAAAAAAAAAAAUGAUUAACAACUGUUAAUAUGUUUCUUAUUUUAUUGGCAUAGGUAAUAUAACUCCCUUAUGAUUGUAGUUAAAAAAGUUCAUGCUUUUUUCAGUGAUAUUUGGUUAUAUUAGGGUAUUUGGAGAGAGAUUUUAGCUACAGUUAGUUUUUGAUAUUUUUAACAAAUUUCAAAACAUUCGUCAAGAAUUUUUUUAUACAUAUCAAAAAUUAUAAUGCUAAAAAUUAUGGUAUCAGCAGAUUCUGCUUCAAAUUUAUGACAAAUGAAAAAAUUUGAAAAGCUCUUGGUCAAUAAAUAUUGAUUUUACAAAGGAAUACAUAUCAGGUGCAUGCUGGUUUUGAGCGCCUAAUGUCUUCCUAUUUCAAAAGUUUAAUGCCCAUAAUUUUGAAACUAAUCUUUAGAACUGGAUAAAAUUUGGUAUUUUUUACUUACUUAUACAUCUACAAAUUUUCAUUAAAAUCUGAAGGGGGUGGGUGUCAAGUUGAUUUUUUUCUGGUUGGUUUGGCAUGGAAUGACCCAUUAGGUAGGGUCUCAGAUGAGAUGCCUAUUAUACAUUUGUUUUGACCUCGCCUCCAGUAGGAUACCUUUUUUCUUAUCCAAGUCUGCCAAUUUAACUUGCUUUGAUGUUCCCUUCCUUUCUAUUUUGGUUUUCUGCUGGUCAAAACACUUGAUAUAUCAUUUCUUAUCAAUUUCAUGCUUUACAGAUGUGUUAUUGUUUCAUUUUUGAGUUAUUUCUGAAUAUGAAUUUCUCUUUUGAAGUUUAUUUUAUUUUAUUUUAUCGUGACUCCUCCUAAUCUCGGGUCUAUAAGAUGUAGUGGGAAAACGUUGAUCACAACGUAUGUAUUUUAAACAUCUAAAAGCUUAAGCUUGCCUGUAAGUUCAUAGUUAAUAAAUAGUGUCUAUAAGGCCAAAGAAGUAGUCAAAUUUAUGUUAACACUAUUCUUACAAAAGGAACAUGUCUUCUAUAUUAUACUCUGCCUGUACCACCUUUUAAAUCUCAAUUUUAUUUUGACAUUUUUCCUUUGCCAGGAAAUAGUGGAAGUGGUUCAGAUAUAAGCAAAUGAAUUAAUUGGUUCUUUAAAUAAAAAAAAUAUAGAGGUAGGCAUGAUCUUAAGGAAAUUAAAUAAGUAAUGAUGUAAAUAAAUAAAAAAGUAAUUAUUUUAACUCCUAGGCACACAAAACUUGAACUCAUUGUGAAAAUAAGACUUAUUAUGUGUAACAUCAUACAACCUCGCACCUCUCUACCUCGUGUAACUUAGUAUUUUAAGUUACAACGAAUAUAUUCUUAUUUUUCCUCUCAAGAUCAUUCCUCACCUUCAACUCUCGAAGGUCUGUUAUUAACUAUUAUGAGAUAAGAGGUGAGUGAUCAGUUAAAGAACUAAUUAAAUGAUAUAACUUUUUUCUCUGGAUAAAGAAUCAGUGAUUCUGGGGAAAAAAAAAUAGUAGCACCUUUCAAUGAAUUGCAAUUUGAAUACUUUUGCCCUUCACUAACUUUCUUCUAUCCCUUGCUGUACUUCCUUCCUCCAUUAUAUUUAUAUUAGAUAUAGAAUAAAACAACUUGAUAAAUUAAACCUUAUUGAUUAAAGGAAACAUUUUUGAAUUCACAAGGCCUAUUUAAUUCUUGAACAGAAGAAAAAGUUAAUUCAGCAAGAAUGGUAUAUUAUGCUAUUUUAUGUAAUACAUUAUUUUUGUUGUAGUAAUUAUUUAAAUAUUUCUAUAUAUAAAAAUCAUGUCAAAUGUCAUUAUAGGAUUAUGUUUGGAAAUUAAUUUUAAAUCUUUAUUAACAUUGAUGGUACAAAUUAUAUAUUUAAACUAAUUUUAGUAUUAUUAAUUUUAAUCGUACGUCUCCUACAGACGAUAUGGUGCUAGGGACUAUGUAUUUAUACGUUGUAACAUUCUUUUAAUUUUAAAAAAUAAUGGGAGGAUAUAUGUUAUAAUGUUGUAUGAUUGUAUGUUAGCACCAGUUGUUCUCAUUUAGUAUGUCAAAUCUUACUAUUUUUAUGCUAAAAAGAGAAUUGAGGGCAUUUAUUUGCUAAUAAUCAAUCGAAUGUACAAUUAGAUCAUAAGACUUAGUACAGUAAUUGAAGUACUGUUAGUAUUAUAUCAAAAUGAGAUAAAUCUUUAUCCUAUAUAUUUUAUACAUGCCAUUAGUUUAGUUCAAUGUCUGGCUUCGAGUUAGAUACGGUACUGUUCUUUGUGAAAGGUUGUUUAACUAAAGAUUGUAUCAUGAUAUUUUUGUUAAUUAUUACUUGAUGAAAGGAUCUACUGAAGGAAAGCUUUCAUAUCCAAACAUUUAUAGUUUCGUGCUUUGUACAGUUAUGUAUAUAUAUAUUUAUGAUUGAUUUAUUUUUGUCAUUUUAAUUUUUAUAUACUUAUUUAUUAAUUUUUUUUUAUGUAUGGCAUAGUAGUCUGUAUUUUUAUGUUUUGGAGACCACUUUAUGUUCAUAUCUUGAUUAUAUUGUUUAUCCUUUUUCAUAAUAUUCCUGCAAUUUUUUUUUAAUUUAUACAUAUUUAAUGGUCAAAAUAUAUUUUACGGUACUCCAUUAACAGAAAGUGUAUUCUUAGGUAUGAAAGCUCUUCUUUAAAAAGAUCAUCAAACAGUAGUAUGUUAAUUGAGAUUAAUUACCUAUUAGCUUUAAUUAUUCUUGGCAUUUUUUUCUCUGUAAUACUAAUUUAAUUUGUGGGCAUUCUUAUUGUUGGAAUGUUUUAAAUGAAACAAAUUUAUUUUUGUUUAAUUAUUAUGCCUAAAUAUGAAACGAGAGUUGGAUAUGUUAUUGUAAGUUCUUAAAAGUGCCAAUAUUGGAAUCGAUGCUUGCCAUAUUAUUUGUUUGUUAUUAGCAGUUUCAGUAACUUUACCGUCCUUAGAGCUAUUCUUGAUUUUAUUGAUGUUAUUUUUAUUUUUCACAAAGAUUUUAGUAAACUUAGAUGGAUAUGUUUUAAUGUAUUUUUUUUUUUUUUUCAAGAAAUGAAUCUUAUGAAAAUGUCUCUUUUAUUUUUGUAUCAACUGAAAUAAACAUUCAAAUAUAAUUUAUAUAUUUUUAUCCUUA